AUGUUGGAAAUUUUGUUAUGUAAGAGACCACGUAAAUCCGAACCAGUCUCAGUUGUGUUAUUCAGAAAGUUCAUUGUUAUAUUAUUUGUAUUAAUUGUCUUAACUGUUCUUGUCAUAUUAUCCAUUGGAGUAAAUAGAGAUACACCAACUAUUACAAGAAAGUAUCUUAAAAUGGAGAAUUUCCCUGUGCCAGUUGUUACCAUUAAAAAUUCUUUUCAAUAUAGUAUGGGUUGUCGCUACUUCUUCAACAAAAGUACCAUAAAUGGUACUAGUUGUAUUGAAUAUGUAAAACAACCUACUCAUAAUGAUAGCAGCAAUCAAUGGGGAGGAAGUUUUUCUUCAGAUACUUUAUCAUUUAUUGAUGCUAGUAGCAUGACUAAAAAUCAAAGAGAUAUAGCUAUAUUAGAGUUGAGUUUCAAGAUUACGGAUCUAAAGUAUAACAUUACUAAUAAUGGAUCUAUCAUUUUUGAUGUUUUUAUGCAUGAUCAAGAAUACGAUCCAUAUGAUGAUAUACUUGCUAGUGGAACUGAUGAUUAUUCAAUUUUUGCCAAAUCGCUUCAAGAAAGUGUUAAUUAUAAUACAGGAAAUAUUUAUACUUUGAGAAUAUUAAGAAAACAAAGGACCAUAUUAAAAGAUUCACCUCUAAAUGAUUUGGGACUUUCACAAAAGUACCCCAGCCAAACUUAUGUUGUGACAAAUGAUCGUACGAUCGGAACAGCACCGGAUGUAAGCUCUACAAUUUUCCGCAUAUAUCCUCAGGAUUUUUUGCUUGAAACUGAGACUGGACAAAGAAAUAAAAAUGCUCUAUCUGUUAUUUCAAAUGUACUUGCUGUAUGGGGAGGAUUGACAGCAUUUUACAUAUUUUUAUUUGGUGCUGAUUCAAUUAAACCAUGGGGAUUUAUACAAGCAAGGAUUCUUAUAAAUGAAACACGUAAUAAAUUGAUGUCAGCACCAUUUUCUAAAAAGGAAGGAACUCCCGAGGAAAGGAUUGAAGCAUUGGAAACAUUUCUUAAAGAUCAUGUUAUUGAUGUUGGUUUGAUAGAUCAAUUAAAUAAAUCACCAUACAAAAGUCAUGAAGACGAUGAAAAAUAA